GCGCGCGCGUGGGCGGACGGGGUGGCGGUUGGUGUUUGAAGCGCUGCGCGAGCGAGAGAGAGAGAGGGAGAGAGAGUCGCGAGGGGAGGAUGAACAGCCGUUUACAGGAGAUCAGAGAGAGGCAGAAGCUGCGGCGUCAGCUGCUGGCACAGCAGCUGGGAGCUGAAAGUGCUGAUAGUAUUGGGGCAGUCCUGAACAGCAAAGAAGAACAGAGAGAGAUUGCUGAAACCAGAGAAACGUGCAGGAGCAGACUGUUUUGGGCAACAUAUGACACAUCUGCACCAACUGCUAAACGCAAAUUUCAAGAAGAAGGGGAGGCUGUCGAAGAAGAAUUUGAUGAGUAUAAAGAUGAAGUGGUGGAAGAAGAAGAAGUGAAUAUGGCUUAUAAUGAGGAAAUUUACAAGGAUUCCAGCACAUUUUUAAAGGGAACACAAAGCCUUAACCCACACAAUGACUACUGCCAACAUUUUGUGGAUACUGGUCAUCGUCCCCAAAACUUCAUUCGGGAUGUAGGCCUGGCAGACAGAUUUGAAGAGUACCCAAAGCUGCGUGAAUUGAUUCGAUUGAAAGAUGAUCUGAUUUCACAAACUAACCCUCCUCCAAUGUAUUUACAAGCAGACCUGGAGACAUAUGAUGUUCGAGAGCUGAAAUGUAAAUUUGAUGUUAUUCUGGUGGAACCACCAUUAGAAGAAUACUACAGAGAAACUGGAGUAACAGCCAAUGAGAAGUGCUGGACAUGGGAUGAUAUCAUGAAGCUGGAAGUUGAAGAAAUUGCAGCUCCUAGAUCAUUUGUUUUCUUGUGGUGUGGCUCAGGGGAUGGUCUUGACCUUGGCAGAGUGUGCCUACGCAAGUGGGGAUUCAGACGUUGUGAAGAUAUUUGCUGGAUCAAAACUAAUAAAAAUAAUCCUGGGAAAACCAAAACCCUGGAUCCAAAGGCUGUCUUCCAGAGAACAAAGGAACAUUGCCUAAUGGGUAUCAAAGGGACAGUACGCAGAAGUACAGAUGGUGAUUUUAUUCAUGCAAAUGUCGACAUUGACCUUAUUAUUACAGAAGAGCCAGAGAUUGGCAAUCUUGAAAAACCAGUCGAAAUAUUUCACAUCAUUGAACAUUUCUGUCUGGGACGAAGAAGAUUACAUCUCUUUGGAAGGGACAGCACAAUAAGGCCUGGUUGGCUCACUGUGGGCCCUGGACCUACAAACAGUAACUUUAAUGCUGAAACUUAUAACUCGUACUUUACUGGCCCAAACGUGCACCUGACUGGUUGUACAGAAGAGAUUGAGAGACUUCGACCUAAGUCACCACCUCCAAAGUCAAAAUCUGAUCGAGGAGGUGGAGCAGCCAGAGGUGGUGGACGAGGUGGGGCUUCAGCAGGACGUGGUGAGAGGGGAAGAGAACGAAACCGAGGAAACUUCAGGGGAGAAAGGGGGGGAUUUCGAGGGGGGCGUGGUGGAGCUCACAGAGGAGGAUUUGCUUCUCGAUGAUGGUUCUCCAAAGUAGCUGAAAGUAAACUCAGUUGACAUUGCAUGACUGCUGAGCUUCAGUAUCUGUCUGAAUUAUCAGCACUGCUCUACUUUUCUACUUUUUUAAAAAAAACAAGGAAUAAUUUCAUUUAUAGUGACAAAAGGCAUUGUGUACAAAGGACAAAGUUGUGCACUCACAUCAUGAAAAGUGUUUUAUGAUGAAUGAAGUGCAGUAUAGUUGCGUUCAAAUCAGUUAUACUGUGUAUUCACAUUGUGUUCCAUUUAAAACUGUUCAGAACACUUUAAAGCUGCAAUAUCUGAUAACUCAAUCCUGUAGUUUGUUUUAGGGUUAAGAAUCUGAAUAAAACGUGCUUAAAAAAUAUUUUGAAGACAAUUAUUUUUUCUCAUUGGGUAGACAUUUGAUUGAACUGCGCAGUCUUUUGUAUAUUGAAGUGGGUUGAUUAAAACCAAUAUUUUAUUCCAGUUUUGCAAAACAUGCAAUAUAAGUGAGAUUUUCCAUUUUAGCUCCAGUUAAAACCAUCUUCAAACAUUGCUUUUACUGCUGCUAAAUAUCUGAAUAUAAAUGCUCAUCCUUCAAUACAUAGGACGAAAAAGUAUUAGAACCAACUCCUUUAAGUUUAUUUCUUUAAACCACUUCUCUUUGGUUUAAAGAAAUAAAUACUUUCAGUUUCAAAAUGCUGAGAUCUCCCCGAUGGAAUAGAAAGUCUUCCCCUGUUUCACACCCAACAACAAUAAAUUCAAUUUGUAUAGCACCUUUCACGUCAAGAGAACAUCCCAAGGAGACCCAUUCAGGGUCAGGGAUUUAAUGUGAACUCCCUUUACAUUUUCUCCUCUCCCCUACCCACCUACAAAAAAUAUUACACACAAUCUCAAUCUUGGAAGUGCCCCAACUGCAGCAAUUUUGAAUUUACAUUUUAUCCCUUUAUCAACAUUAUGACAUUUUGAUUCCCUUGUUAAUACUAAUAUUUUUAUUCUAUAUAAUUCUAGUGCAGAGCCACUGAAUAAAGAAGCAGCUCCCACCCUAUAUUUUCCACAUCUCGUCCAAUCCUCAAUUUCUCUUUUAAAUUUCUCACACUUUUUGUUUUUCACGUGGAGUCCAGUAGCUCAGUGAUUAGAGCACUCGCUUUGCAAGCGAGAGACCUGAGUUCAAUUCCAGGCAGGGCGAACCUUGGGCAAGUUUCCUUACUCCACACAGAGCCUAAUAAUAAUCCCUCC